CGCUCCCGCGCCGGGGCACAAGUCCGGCCUCCUCCGCGGGCCGCGGUCUCCUUUGCCGGCGGCUGAGGGCCGCCCGCCGCGCGGCGUCGGCUGUGGCGUUGCGGUCAUUGUGUCGUGACGGUGACGCCGGUAGUGGUUUCCGCGACAGCGGGUGAGGCUGCUGUAGCCCGGCCUGGGCUCCGCGGCUGCCUGGAGGGUCUCUGCAGCGCCCACCCCUUCUCCUCCAGGACCCCACGCCAGCAGCGACCCUGAGCCGACAGCCGGAGCGACCGGCAAUGGCGGCCUCGACGGCCUCGCACCGGCCCAUCAAGGGAAUCCUGAAGAACAAGACCUCUGCGGCUUCCCCGGUGGUGGCCUCGGCCGAACAGCCCCGCCGGACCGUCGAAGAGGAGCUGAGUAAAAAGUCCCAGAAGUGGGAUGAAAUGAACAUCUUGGCAACGUAUCAUCCAGCUGAUAAAGACUAUGGUUUGAUGAAAAUAGAUGAGCCAAACACUCCUUACCACAAUAUGAUAGGUGAUGAUGAAGAUGCCUAUAGUGACUCGGAAAGCAACGAAGUCAUGACUCCAGAUGUCUUAGCUAAGAAAUUAGCUGCUGCUGAAGGCUCGGAGCCAAAGUACCGGUCCCGGGAACAAGAGAGCAGUGGGGAGGAAGACGGCGACCUCUCCCCUGAGGAGCGAGAAAAGAAGCGACAGUUUGAAAUGAAAAGGAAGCUUCACUACAAUGAAGGACUGAAUAUUAAAUUAGCUAGACAGUUAAUUUCAAAAGACCUGCAUGAUGAUGACGACGAAGAUGAAGAGAUGUCAGAGACUGCAGAUGGGGACAGCAUGCAUAUUGAAGAGUCAAAUCAAGGAUCUACUGCAAGUGACCAUCUGCAAAACAAAUCACCAAGUACAUAAAAGAAUUGUGUUCAGCAGUCGUUUGUCAAAUACAAACCUUGUUACUAUACAACAUUGCUUCUUGUUCUCUACAAUUUGUGACUUACGUACCAAAAUACACACCAGUUAUAUAUUGCCAAGAAUUAAGUGAUAACCAUAGAGACUGAUUAGACAGAAAAUGCCUAAUUAAUACAUAUAUUCUUGUGCCUCAUACUUCACCAGAUAUACAGUGUAAUGUCAUUAGUCCAAAACUGCUUUACUUUUGUAAGAACACUGGUUAAUUUGUAUAUGAUAUUAUAUAGCUUUUUAUGCUUUAGAGAUUAAAUAAUGUCAUUGGGGGAAAACUAAUUUAUUUUUGUCACUUCUAGAUGAUGGUACCUCUUAUAAAAUGUUUGGAGGGUAAUUUGAUGUUUUUUCUUCUUUUAAUCAAAAGCCUAUUAGUACAGUGGGAUAUAUAGGUGGAAAAAAAUAUUAGGCAGAAAGAUAUUUUUUUUAACAUUUAUAUUUAACUUGUUUUGGCUAAUUAAGCAGAAGUCCAAGAGUUACUGUUCAUAUUCUGAUUGAUGACCUUUAAAAUUCUUUUUGAUUUUAUUUGUUCUUGAAAGGAAAGGAGAAAGGAAAGGAAUGGUUUCUAGUUUCCCCCCACUUCCAACCACGCUCAAAUGAAUUACUGGGUUAAGGUUGCAUUGACAUCUGCCCUGCUCAUUUUGUUAUGCUGGGCAGGCUUCAGAUGAGGUUUGUAAUACCGUGUGCUAUCUCAGCGUUCCUUUAUUUAUAUACCUGUCUUAACCUGCUCUUGUUUCCUUCUCCCUCUACACAUAAAAUUGUAAAGAUUGUAUUACAGGGUGGCAAAGGCUGUUGGCCAUGAGGAACUUGUCUUCCCUCACAUAUUCUGUCUUUGCUGCAGUAAUGACUUCUCAUUACUUUGAUACCUGCUAGUUCUAAACAUGAAGGAAAUAGAUGAAGUAUCCACACACAACAGGAAGGGCAGCUUAAAGCAGCCUAAUCUCCCUGUACCUCUCUGAUUGACAGCUUGGUCAGGAAAUUGCUACUAUUGCUUUGUUUGACUUCAAUCCUUAGGAAACAAUUAACUGAAGCUCUUUUGCACAGUGAAAGAAUUGUAUGUAAUCAGAAUAUGAUCGUUCUUGAAUAUACAGACAGAAUUAUGCCUGAACAGUUUUAAGUUUAGAGAUUCUGAGGAGUCCUUCUGUUAAGGGAAUGUGAUAAUGCACACUAUAACAAAUGAACUUGAUUCCUCUAACAUGAUAAAAAUUAUUUGGAAUUUUUUCCCCUGAGAGGAAAAGUGUAGUUAGUUCCUGUGUGUCUUAGUUUAGUGAUUAUUUCCUUUGUAGUCAUUUAUUUGUAUUGUAAGUUUUUGGUAGCACCACCAAAUGAAUCUGUUAUAUGACAGACAGACUUUUAAAAUAACUUCUGUAUAUUAUAUAUAUAUAUAUAUGAAAUGGCUUUUAUUGAACAGCUAUCUUCCACUUUAAAAAAAAAUAAGUAUUUUAUAGUUAUCAGGUAAUGUGAAUGUCAUGAUGUCAAAAUAAAAGAAAAGUGGGAAGAGUCUUUGCUGUUAGAAGAA